AUGCCCACUAUUUGGUGUGCUAAAUAUGACGAGCAUGUGGGUAAAUCAAAAGUCGGACAAAAGCCGACCUUUCCGAAAGGAAAACGACGAAUUAAUCACGAAUUAGCAAUGUUUUUGACUAAUCAAAAUGGAAAGUAUUUCCAGGAAGAUGAUUUUUUAUGUACAAGAUGUUUUGAAACUGUGAAGCAAAAUUUGGCUAUGAAUUUGCCUCUUAUUACUUCAUCUGCUAUGGAUAUUGAUGAUCGAAAAUCUGAGCGAGCCGCAGCUACUACAGCACUGCUCAACAUUUCCGCUUUGACAAACAUCGAAAUGUCAUUCUCAGAUUGUGAAGAUGUAGCACCAGAUAAUUGUGAAGAAGAAAUAAUGGCUUUGGAAUUGCAACUAAGUCGACAGAAAUCUCUUGAACUUUUGAAUAACAUCUUGUCACUUGUAGGAUUAUCAUCUAUCAGAGACAUACGAAAUAAAAUAAUUGUUAGUAAACAAGUUGAUCUCGCAUUAAGCAUUAUUCGUCAAACUGCUGAGCAAAUAUGUGACAGUACUAAUCAAGAUAUUAUAACCGAUGAAUCAGAUAUUACUAUUAAUGAGGCGAAGCAAAUCGUUAACAAUUUUAAGUUACUUGUUGAGACAAGUGAUUUUAAUGAACAAAUAAGAUUACUUACGUUAGUUCCAUCGACAUGGGGUAGAACCAAAAUUACGAAUUUUUUUCAUUGUUCACAACACCAGGCACAUUACAGCAUAUAUUUAAGAGAUGCGGAUCAAAUUUUAUCGUUGCCCGUAGAUUUACGUGGUAACAUACCAUUUAAUCCAGAUGUUGAAAAAGAAAUAUUCGACUUCUAUCAUCGUGAUGACAUUAGCAGGGCUUCACCAAAUAAAAAGGAUGUUUUAAAAAAUCAUAAUAACCCAAAACUUAUUCGUUAUAUGUUGAUGAGUACUAUGGAAGCUUAUCAGCAAUUUGUACAAGAAGAUGCACUUAUGAAAGUGGCAAAUCUAAAUUUGCUUCACUAA